GAAAGAAACUGUGGAUACCCUGGAAUAAGCUCUUCAGACUGUGCCAAGAGAGGGUGCUGCUGCUUCAAUACCAGUGUACGGGGGGUGAACUGGUGCUACUACACUAACUCUGACACUGACAGGACAGGCUGUGGAUAUCAAGGAACUAGAACAGACUGUGGAUAUCCAGGAAUUGGUUCCGAAGAAUGCCAUUCCAGAGGAUGCUGCUUCAACUCCUCCAUUCCCGGGGACAAAUGGUGCUUCUACCCCACUGACUACAGUAAGAUUAUUUCCUAUGCUUUAAUUUCCAUUAAUAUAAUUAAUAUGCAUGCAGAAUUUUAG